UUCCGUGUGGCGCAGUGUCGGGUUGGUCGCAGCGCUUGAACCUUCAACCUUUUUUCCUGCGUAUUCAACCAAACUCGUCUCCUGUCUUUUGAACAAAGUGACAGAAGAUGUUUUCCUACAUCAUCGGUCUGAUCCGAGGAGGCCUCGACAGCAUCGUGAACCUGAUCUUCAGACUCCUGUUCUCCAAGAGGAGAGCCGCCAUCACCUUAGAGGACCCGAGCAUCAAGUACGCGCUGCGGCUGCUGGACAAACAGAUCGUCAGUCACGACACCCGGAAGUUCAAGUUCGCUCUUCCGACAGCUGAUCACAUCCUCGGGCUCCCUAUCGGUCAGCACAUUUAUCUGUCAGCGAAGAUCGACGGUAAACUGGUCGUUCGCCCGUACACGCCGACGUCCAGCGACGACGACAAAGGUUACGUGGACCUGGUGGUGAAGGUUUACUUCAAAGAUGUUCACCCUAAGUUCCCCGAGGGGGGGAAGAUGAGUCAGUACCUGGAGAGCCUCAGGAUCAACGACACCAUCGACUUCAGAGGCCCCAGCGGCCUGCUCGUCUACCAGGGCAAAGGAGCUUUUGCCAUUCAAGCUGAUAAAAAGUCUGCAGCUGUGAUCAAGACGGCAAAACACGUGGGGAUGAUCGCUGGAGGGACGGGAAUCACUCCGAUGCUGCAGCUGAUCACAGCCGUGAUGAAGGAUCCCCAGGACCAGACGGUGUGUUACCUGCUGUUUGCCAACCAGACGGAGAAAGACAUCCUGCUGCGACCGGAGCUGGAGGAGAUUCAGGUCAACAACCCGGAUCGAUUCAAGCUGUGGUUCACUCUGGACAAGGCACCAGAGAACUGGGAGUACAGUGAAGGCUUCAUCAGCGAGGACAUGGUCACAGAGCACCUCCCCCCUCCCGGAGGCGACGCCCUCAUGCUCAUGUGCGGCCCCCCCCCAAUGAUCCAGUUCGCCUGCAACCCCAACCUGGACAAAGUCGGCCACUCUGAAGAUCGCAGGUUCACCUUCUAGACGUCGACGGCAACUUCAGAAAGAAUUAUCUCUACUCCAAAAAGCAUUAAGCACUCAUGUAGUCGGGUAUUUGCACUAUGUAAACAAUAUUUAUGCCGUGACAUUCAUCAUGCAACAGAAUCACAGCAAGGACCAAGACCUGCGGGGGGGG